AUGAAGCACAAAAACUUCUCUUUCAGACGACAAAGCUCCUCUUUGGCAUAUAUUCUAGGCAAUCGAAACGGAAGUGGAAGAAGUGGCUCAAGGGACCGAAAGUGCGCAUGA